CUUCUUUUUCAUAUCAACGCAAGCGGUUCCAUCUACACUUCCGGUCUCCUCGCCAAUUAUCAGGAUCAAAGUGUGCACAUCAAACUGCGCCAGGGCUCGUCUACAGGCGUCAAUGAAAUCACAAAUCAGCCAGUUGGGGAGGUGAUACUUUCCUCGGGAGCAGUCGAGACUCCAGCAAUUCUGAUCCGAUCGGGAAUACGCCACUCCUCAAUCACAAUUGCCAGUGGGGUAGAGGUGGGUGAAAGGGGGCUUCUGAAGAAUUUGGCCUUGAAACAAAGCUCUAAUUCCUUGUUGCUGGUUCUUGGCAUGUUUACCUUCAACAGUUAA